AACGUCGUACACUCCACUUACUCAUUGAGCCAUUCGUGCAGCUAAAAAUUGCGACAUGUCGUAUCAGCAACGACGUCACUCAGUAUGCGGGAAUGAAAACGUUACACGUCCAGCUAAAUUAAUGCAAUUUUAGCUUUUAUAACAUUUGCAUUUACCAGUGAGGUCGACAACAAAGACUGUUUGCCCAGCAGCUGUUUUAUCUAUGACGUAACAAGUAGCAAGUAGCACAGUUUGACAAGUGUUUGCUAAGGUAGGGUGACCAGACGUCCUCUUUUCCCCGGACAUGUCCUCUUUUUGGGACCUAAAAAAUGCGUCCGGCAGGGAUUUCAAAAACGUCCGGGAGUUUGCUUAGUCGGAUAUUUGUGUUUCUCUGGGUCUUUCACAAACUAGUAUUUACCCCUUACAAGUUUUGGAAAUGGUAUCUCCCUUACGUUCCACCUUCUCGCGCGAGCUCUGACUGUAGCGAGAACAGUCAUUGGUCGAUCUCAGGGUUGCCAGAUACACGAUAAUUAUCCUCCAAAUACGACCAUUUUGAGCCUUUGGUACGAUACUUAACCAUUUCCAAUCUGGCAACACCGAGCACCUUGCCGCCUCCACUAGUUGCAUUGUUUACAGCACAUGACAAAUGCAGCCAUGCCGAAACGUAAAUGUAAGUUCACGGACCAACACAAAAAGAAAUACCCAUGUUUUCGCCUCGGCCGUGAUGCUUCGGAAGCUGAGUGCACGACAUGCAGAGCAGGCACUUACGUAUCAGUGGCAAAUAAAGGUGGCAGCGAUUUGGAAGCUCACGUGCUCUCUGCAAAACACAAAACUGCAGCAAGAGGAGAGAGCUCAUCGAGUAAAGUGACAGACUUUGUUGUCCCCGACAUGGCAGGCAGACGGGCACUGAAGGCUGUGCUCAUCGACCUGAGUGGAACUCUCCAUGUGGAGGACACAGCGGUGCCCGGGGCACAGGACGCCCUCCACAGGUUGCGGCAGGCGUCAGUAGCCGUGAAGUUUGUGACCAACACGACAAAGGAAAGUAAGGGGAACUUACUGGAACGACUACACCGUCUCAACUUUGACCUCCAGGAAAAGGAGAUCUUCACUUCGCUGAGUGCAGCGAGGAGUUUGUUGGAGCAAAAGCAACUCAGGCCGCUGCUGCUGGUGGAGGACGGCGCACUGGAAGACUUCACUGGUCUUGAAACCUCAGAGCCAAACGCUGUCGUCGUGGGACUCGCUCCCGAUCACUUCAACUACCAAACACUCAACAAGGCUUUCAGAAUGAUUAUGGAUGGAGCUCCUCUCAUUGCCAUCCAUAAGGCUCGCUACUACAAACGUAAGGAUGGUUUGGCCCUCGGCCCCGGGCCCUUUGUGACGGGACUUGAGUACGCCGCAGACUGUCAAGCUACUGUGGUGGGAAAGCCGGAAAAAGCUUUUUUUACUCAGGCUUUGUCUGAUUUGGGAUGCAGCCCCAAUGAAGCUGUCAUGAUAGGCGAUGAUGCCAGAGAUGAUGUGGGCGGGGCUCAGAACGCAGGCAUGUUGGGAAUUCUGGUCAAAACCGGUAAAUACAGAGAAGGCGAUGAGAGGAAAAUCAACCCUUCUCCCCACCUCACAUGUGACAGUUUCCCAGAAGCUGUUGACCACAUCCUGAAGAACUUGUUAUGAGCUAGAAGGAACUCCAGUGCUUCAUGUUUUAAUGAAAAAUGUUCACAUCCAGUGUUAAAAGUAAAGCAUGCAUUUAAGAAUUACCAACCAUCUUUUGCAACAAUAACACAUGUUUUGUCACCAUGUCGUGAUGUAUGAAUAAAAGUUUGAGUAAAAUGA